CCAAACAUAUCUCUCCUUCUUUAACUUCUCCCACCUCUUUUCUGUCUUCAAAAACAGUACACCAAAAUGGAGAAGCCUCGGUGCUACAAGAGAGUGUUCGAGCACUUUGAUUCCGAUGGAGAUGGCAAAAUUUCCCCAUCCGAGCUACGGGAGUGUAUAGCGGUGGUGUCGGGGGAGAAGCUAUCGGUGUUAGAGGCGCAAGAGGCGGUGGCGGAGUUCGACUCGGAUGGAGACGGGCAGCUGAAGGAGGAGGAUUUCGUGAGAUUCGUGGACGGGGGAGGGGAGGAAGAGAGGGUGAAGGAGCUUAGAGAAGCUUUUAAAAUGUACGAAAUGAAGGGGUCGGGAUUGAUUACGGCGGAGAGUUUGAGGAGGAUGCUGAGGAAAUUGGGAGAGACUAAAAGUUUGAGAGAUUGUACGGCCAUGAUUGCUAAAUUUGAUAUUGAUGGUGAUGGUGUUCUUAGUUUUGAUGAGUUUAGGGUUAUGAUGUCCUGAUCAAUGCAUCUAAAAUAUUUCUCCAAUUCAUGCUUUCAAAUUUUGAAAUUUUUAAUUCUAACCAUUUACAGCUACUCAAAUAACUCAUAUUCUAUUUAAAUUUAAAUUGUAAGGAUUUGGUUA